AAUAAUACAAAUGCAUGUAACGUUACAUGGUGCAUUUCUGUUACAUACUAUCACCAUCACUGCUUCACUAUAAAAACCGAUUAGAGUGUCCCAAACAUUUCAUCCACUGAAACCUACUGCUAUACGAUCACAAUAAUGGGGUUCUUCUGUUCUCUUGCUUUCUCCAUACAGUUUCUUCUUCUCUUCUCAUCCUCCCUGUUCACAAACUGUUUUACUUUGAAUGAUUCAACUACUACUCAUCAUCAUGAAUGCCAUCAACAUGAAAGCAAUGCCUUGCUCAGCUUUAAACAAAGCUUCUUCAUAAAUUGCUGCUCCUGGGAUGGCAUCGAAUGCGAUGAACUCACCGGUCAUGUCAUUUCCAUUGAUCUUAGUAGCAGCCUGCUCUAUGGUUCCAUGGAUCCCAACAGCACCCUUUUCUCGCUUGUGCAUCUUCAAAGCCUUGAUCUUUCAGACAAUCACUUCAAUCACUCGCAAAUUCCAGCCAGGAUAGGUAACUUGUCACAACUGAGGCAUUUGAAUCUUUCUCAAUUUGGUGAAACCACAUUGUCAGGUGAAGUCCCAACUCAAAUUUCCCGUUUGUCCAACUUGUUGUCCCUUGAUCUUCGCAGCUAUAAUGAACGGUUUGAUUAUCCAUUAAUCAACCGUUUACAACUGAAGGAAUCCACUCUGCGAAGCUUAAUUCAAAACUCAACAAGACUUGAACAACUUCGCCUUAAUUUUGUCACCAUUUCAUCAUCUUUACCCCACACGCUCACAAACCUUACAUCUCUGCAAAUACUCUCUUUUCGCCAUUGUGAACUACAUGGUGAGUUUCCUAUCGGAAUAUUCUCUCUUGCAAACUUAACAUCUUUGAAUUUUGGGGAAAACCAAAAUCUGCAGGGCACAUUACCUGCAUCCAUUGGAAACCUGACCAAUUUAGCUCACUUGGCUCUUGAAGAUAAUAGCUUUCAUGGUGAAAUCCCUCGCUCUCUUUUUGGACUAGAGAAGCUUGCAGAUUUAUUUCUAUAUUCUAAUUUUUUCGAAGGCCGCCUAGCACUUGACAUGUUUUUGAAGCUAAAGAUGCUUAAUACUCUUGACUUAACUCUCAACAAAUUGUCUUUGUUCUCACAAAAUAGGGCUGUCAAUGUGACAAUCCUUCCUCCAAUUCAGUGGUUAGGAUUGGGUCAGUGCAAUUUAAAUGGAGAAAUUCCAACUUGGAUAAUGAAUCUAACCACUUUAAAUCACUUGUAUCUUCAUGGAAAUAAUCUUCAAGGAGAAAUUUCAUAUUUCCUCUUCAAGUUAGAGAAUCUUACAGGCCUUGAUCUGUCUAGAAAUUUAUUCGAAGGACAGAUCGAGCUUGAAAUGCUUUCAAAGCUCAAAAAGCUUACUUUUCUUGGUUUAGGCGGAGGCAACAAGUUGUCUUUUCUUGAAGGGAAGAACACUUCCAGCGUAACAUUUCCUUCUCAAAUUCAAUAUUUGGAUUUAAGUUCAUGCAACUUAGUUCAUUUUCCCAAUUUCAUUCAACACUUGCAAGAGUUGACUGGUCUUUCCAUAUCAGACAAUAGGAUAAAGACAAUACCGAGUUGGAUGUGGAAUAAAACAACUCUUCAAAGUUUGGAUAUUUCCAACAACCUAUUGAUGGGAGAAAUACCCCCCUCCAUAUGCAACCUGCAAUCACUUGCAUAUCUUGAUUUGUCUUCCAACAAUUUAGUUGGCAUGAUUCCAUCAUGUUUGGGAAGCUUUAGCCAAUCCCUUCAACUUUUGAAUGUCUCAGGAAACAAAUUGACAGGCAAUAUUCCUCAAAUUUAUGUGAAAGGAAAUGUCCUUCAGUUCAUCGAUUUUAGUUCUAAUCAGUUGUACGGUCAAUUACCAAGAGCACUUGUCAAUUGCAGAAUGCUAGAGUUUCUUGAUGUGAGACAUAACCAUUUCAAUGACUCAUUUCCUUUCUGGUUAGGAUCUCUUCCUAAGUUAAAGGUUGUUUCUUUACGUGAUAAUGAAUUUCACGGAGCUAUAAUGUGUCCAUUGAAAUACACAUUUCCCCAGCUUCAAAUCAUGGAUCUUUCUCAAAAUGGUUUCUCAAUGAAAUUAACAUCAGAAAUAAUCAUGUGCUUCAAAUCGAUGAUCAUAUACAACAAAAGACAACUGGAUUUCAAGGACGAGAUUUAUUUCAGUGGGAAUGUGUUUAUAGAUAUUGAUUCGCUUUCAUUUUCAAUGUCCAACAAAGGAGUUGUCAUGGAUUAUCUUGGGGGUCAAUACCUUCAUCACAUGGUAGCCAUUGAUCUUUCAUGUAACAAAAUUUAUGGUGAGAUUCCAGAUACCAUGGGAAGUUUGAAUGGUCUUGUUGUGCUCAACUUGUCCAAUAACAUGUUUACUGGCAGCAUCCCAUCUUCCUUCGGAAAGCUUUCAAAUCUUGAAGUCUUGGACCUUUCUCUUAAUAGCCUGUCAGGAAAUAUUCCUCAACAACUCACAGGGCUAACCUUCUUGGAUUUCUUCAAUGUGUCUUUCAACAAUCUCUCAGGUCCAAUCCCAGAAAAUGGGCAACUUUCAACAUUUGAUGAUAAUUCAUUUAAGGGAAACAAGGAUUUGUGCGGGAUUCAAUUGUUGAAGAAAUGUGAAGAUCAUCCUAAGCUUCCAUUGCAAAAACCUGAUGGCGAUCAAGAUUCUGAGUCGGGAUCUUUCUUUGAAUUGUGUUGGAUGGUAAUUCUAAUUGGAUAUGGGGGAGGCCUUGUUGCUGGGUUAGCACUGGGAAAUGCUUUCGCUGUAGAUGUUUUUAGGUUGCUGCAAAAGAUCUUUUCAUGUGUGUAAUCUUAGAUUAUUUUAUUUUUGUGUUUGCAUUUAAAGUUAUUGUGUUUCUCUUAUUUAAGAGUCAGCUAUGUGUACUGUAAAGCCAAAUAAAAGUAGGCAAGAUAAAAUGAUAAAUAUAGUGUGUUAUAUAUUUAUUUUGCUUUUUCUAUUUUUGAAAUAAG